GGGGCGCGCCGCCGAUGCCGCUCCCUGGCGCUCGCCGCCCGCGAACAUGAGCGAUCAUGGCCGCCUUCGGGCUCCUCAGCUGUGAGCACCGGCCGCUCAAGCGCCCGCGCCUGGGGCCGCCCGACGUUUACCCGCAGGACCCGCGCCAGAAGGAGGAUGAGCUUACGGCAGUGAAUGUAAAGCAAGGCUUCAGCAAUCAGCCUGCCUUCUCUGGAGAUGAGCAUGGAUCUGCCAGGAAUAUUGUCAUCAACACCUCAAAGAUCGGUGCUUACUUCAGCAGCAUCCUGGCAGAAAAGCUCAAAUUUAACACUUUCCAGGACACGGGGAAGAAGAAACCCCAAGUAAAUGCCAAAGACAACUACUGGCUGGUGACUGCUCGGUCUCAGAGUGCAAUUCACAACUGGUUCAUGGAUUUGGCAGGAAGUAAACCCCUGACUCUCUUAGCAAAAAAGGUUCCCAUUCUCAGUAAAAAAGAAGAUAUUUUUGCUUACUUAGCAAAAUACUCUGUGCCACUGCUGCGAGCAGCAUGGCUGAUCAAAAUGACAUGUGCCUACUAUGCUGCUAUUUCUGAAGCUAAAAUCAAGAAACGCCAGGCCACUGACCCAAAUAUUGAAUGGACUCAAAUUGUAACCAAAUACCUCCGAGAGCAGCUGGGAAAGGUUGCAGAGUUCUACCAUGGAACUUCGAGCCAAGGCAACAGCUCUGUGGCGAUGCCUUCAGAGGUGGAACAAGCCCUGCAGCAGUGGGAAUACAAUGAAAAACUGUCAUUUUAUAUGUUUCAGGAAGGAAUGCUCGAGAGACAUGAGUAUUUGACAUGGAUACUGGAUGUUUUGGAAAAAAUCAGACCCACUGAUGAUGGUCUUCUGAAGCUGUUGUUGCCACUGAUGUUGCAGUACUCAGAAGGGUUUGUUCAGUCAGCUUACCUGUCCCGCCGCCUUGCAUACUUUUGUGCCAGACGCCUGUCCUUGCUGCUCAGCGAUGGGCCUAACCUUGGAGCUGCCCAUUCCCCUCACAUGAUCCUCGGACCAAGUAACCCUCCCCUGGCAGUGCCCAGUCCGACUGCCCCUGGGGUGAGCCCAGCACAGAUGACCUGCUCAGAUUUCCUCGCCUGCCCUCAGCACCGUCCACUGGUGUAUGGACUCAGUUGCAUGCUGCAGACCAUAACUCUUUGUUGCCCAAGUGCCUUGGUGUGGAAUUAUUCCACAAAUGAAAAUAAGAACAUUAAUCCAGGCUCACCUCUGGAUUUACUUCAAGUUGCUCCAUCUAGUUUACCUAUGCCAGAUGGAAAUUCAGCCUUUAAUCAGCAGGUUCGGGCAAAGAUUUAUGAAGUAGAACAGCAGAUAAAGCAAAGAGGCCAUGCUGUGGAGGUGCGGUGGUCAUUUGACAAGUGCCAAGAGUCAACUGCAGGGGUGACCAUCAGCCGGGUUCUGCACACCUUGGAAGUGUUGGAUCGGCAUUGUUUUGACAGAUCAGAUUCCAGCAAUUCCAUGGAGACACUUUAUCAUAAGAUCUUCUGGGCAAAUCAGAGUAAGGAUAACCAAGAGGUAGCCCCAAACGACGAGGCCGUGGUGAUGCUGCUCUGUGAGUGGGCCGUGAGCUGUAAGAGGUCUGGGAAGCACAGGGCCAUGGCCGUGGCCAGGCUCCUGGAGAAGAGGCAAGCGGAAAUUGAGGCAGAAAAAUGUGGUGAAUCUGAAGUCCUAGAUGAAAAGGAAUCUCUGUCUUCAGCCUCCUUGACAGGUUCCAGUCUUCCUGUUUUCCAGAAUGUCCUGCUACGGUUUUUGGAUACACAAGCUCCCUCGUUAUCUGACCCAAGCAGUGACCUUGAGAAGACAGAAUUUGUGAAUUUGGUGCUGCUUUUCUCAGAAUUCACUCGGCAUGAUGUUUUCUCUCAUGAUGCCUACAUGUGCACUUUAAUAUCUCGCGGGGACUUGUCCACCACUGCAGCUCCCAGACCACGCUCCCCUAAUGGGGCAGCUGUGGGUGAACACUAUUCUAAGGAUCCUGAUGUGAAACUGGAGGAUCAUGGUAUUAUGGAACAUGUGAGCAUUGAUUCAGGAACCGCUGGUAUUUUUGAUGAUGUAGACAAGAGUGACUUUAAGGCAGAUUUUAGUUCAGAAUUUCCAACCUUUUCUCCGAUGCCUGGGGAGUCUUGUGAGAGCGUGAACCCUUCCUUUGGCAGAAGAAUCUCAGUCACCAGUGAGAAGUCAGCGAAGAGGGACAGGCUGAGAGAACUGAUUUUCCCAUCCAAUUAUGACCUCCUUCGGCACCUGCAGUAUGCCACACACUUCCCCAUACCCCUGGAUGAAUCCUCAAGCCAUGAGUGUAACCAGCGCAUGAUUCUCCUUUAUGGUGUGGGUAAGGAGCGUGAUGAAGCAAAGCAUCAGCUGAAGAAGAUUACCAAGGACAUCCUCAAAAUCCUGAACAAGAAGAGCACUACAGAAAUGGGUGUUGAGGAUGAAGGACAGAAGGCCAGGAAGAACAAACCAGAGGCGUUUCCAACCCUGGAGACCGUGUUCACAAAACUGCAGCAGUUGUCCUAUUUCGAUCAACAUCAGGUGACAUCUCAGAUCUCCAGCAAUGUCCUCGAGCAGAUCACUAGCUUUGCCUCAGGAACAUCAUACCACCUGCCCUUGGCUCACCACAUCCAGCUCAUCUUCGAUCUCAUGGAGCCAGCACUGAACAUCAAUGGACUUAUAGACUUUGCAGUACAGCUGCUGAACGAGCUGAGCGUGGUGGAGGCCGAGCUGCUGCUCAAGUCGUCCAGCCUGGCUGGGAGCUACACCACGGGACUGUGCGUCUGCAUCGUGGCUGUGCUGCGGCGGUACCACGCCUGCCUCAUCCUCAGCUCCGAGCAGACCGCGCAAGUCUUCGAAGGGUUGUGUGGGGUGGUGAAGCACGUUGUAAAUCCUUCUGAGUGUUCCUCUCCAGAACGGUGCAUUUUAGCUUACCUUUACGACCUGUACGUGUCCUGCAGCCACCUGAGAAGCAAGUUUGGAGACCUGUUCAGUAGUGCCUGUUCCAAGGUGAAGCAGACGAUCUACAGCAGCAUUCAGCCUUCAAACUCCAACUUGCUGUGGGACCCGGAGUUCAUGCUGGAUUUCCUUGAGAACCCCUCAGCUCACAGCAUCAACUACUUGAUGCUGGGCAGGAUCCUGAGUGACAACGCAGCCAACCGCUACAGCUUCGUCUGCAACGCCCUGAUGAGCGUGUGCAUGGGCCACCAGGACCCGGGCAGGAUCAAUGACAUCGGGAACCUGUGUGCAGAGCUGACAGCGAGCUGCACCGUGCUCAGCUCGGAGUGGCUGGGGGUCGUGAAAGCUCUGUGCUGCUCUUCAAACCAUGUCUGGGGCUUCAAUGAUCUGCUCUGCAGUGUGGAUGUGAGUGACCUGUCGUUCCACGACUCCCUGGCCACGUUCGUUGCCAUCCUGAUUGCCCGGCAGUGCUUCUCCCUGGAGGAUGUUGUCCAGCACGUCGCACUGCCCUCCCUCCUGGCAGCUGCCUGUGGGGACCCGGAUGCCGAGCCUGGGGCAAGGAUGACCUGCCGGCUGCUCCUGCACCUCUUCAGGACACCCCAGGUGUGCCUCUUUCCCCAGGAAACAGAGAAAUUAUUUCCUGGAAUUCGUUCUUCCUGUGAUCGUCACCUCUUGGCUGCUGCUCACAACAGCAUUGAAGUGGGAGCUGUGUUUGCAGUCCUGAAAGCAAUUCUGAUGCUUGGUGACGCUGACAUUGGCAGCAACAAUGUUGGCUCCUUGAAGAGUGAAGAGUUCCAUGUCAGAGGCUUCUUGGAUGAACUCAGUGAGGAGGAAAUCUGGGGUUCCUCUCACACUUUGAAAUCCUGUGGAAAAGCUGUUUCCAUUGAAACUGCCAGUCUGAGCGAGUAUGCGAGAUACGUGCUCAGAACAAUCUGCCAGCAGGAGUGGGUUGGAGAGCACUGUUUGAAAGAACCUGAGAGGCUGUGCACAGACAAAGAUCUUAUUUUGGAUCCUGUUCUCUCAAACAAACAAGCACAGAAACUACUUCAACUAAUCUGUUAUCCCCAUGGCAUUAAAGAGUGCACCGAGGGUGACAACCCUCAGCGACAGCACAUCAAGCGCAUCCUGCAGAACUUAGACCAGUGGACUCUGCGACAGUCAUGGUUGGAGCUGCAGCUUAUGAUCAAACAGUGCAUGAAGGACCCUGGUUCUGGGUCUGUGGCUGAAAUGAACAGCUUGUUGGAUAAUAUCGCAAAGGCGACAAUAGAGGUGUUUCAGCAAUCCGCUGAGCUAAACAAUAACUCUUCUAACUCUGGUAUAGGCCUCUUCAGUCCACACUCUGUUGGAAAUUCUGACACAAGUAAUACAAGACAGAAUGGUAAAAAGACAUUCCUAAGUUCCUCUGAGCGGCAAGGAGUGUGGCUGGUGGCCCCCCUGAUUGCAAAACUGCCUACCUCAGUUCAAGGUAGGGUCUUGAAAGCUGCAGGAGAGGAGCUGGAGAAAGGGCAGCACUUGGGGUCGUCUUCUAAGAAGGAGAGAGAUAGACAGAAACAAAAGAGCAUGUCCCUGCUGAGCCAGCAGCCUUUCCUGUCACUGGUACUCACUUGCCUUAAGGGUCAGGAUGAGCAAAGGGAAGGGCUCCUCACAUCCCUGCAGAAUCAAGUUACUCAGAUCCUCAGUAACUGGAGAGAAGAACGGUACCGGGAUGAUGUCAAAGCCAGGCAGAUGAUGCAUGAAGCCCUGCAACUGCGUCUCAACCUGGUGGGGGGCAUGUUUGACACGGUGCAGAGGAGCACCCAGUGGACCACAGACUGGGCCCUUCUGCUCCUCCAGAUCAUCACCUCAGGGACUGUGGAUCUGCACACCAACAAUGAAUUGUUCACAACCGUGCUGGAUAUGCUGGGGGUCCUCAUCAAUGGGACGCUUGCCUCGGACCUGUCAAAUGCCUCCCAAGGAGGGCCUGAGGAGAACAAAAGGGCUUACAUGAAUUUAGUGAAGAAAUUAAAAAAAGAGCUGGGGGACAAGCGCUCCGAGAGCAUCGACAAGGCCCGGCAGCUGCUGCCGCUGCCCCGGCUCACGUGUGACAUCGUGGCCUGCGAGCCCAUGGGGUCCCUCAUCGACACCAAGGGCAACAAAAUCGCGGGCUUUGACUCCAUUGAUAAGAAACAGGGUCUUCAGGUGUCAACCAAACAAAAGGUGUCCCCUUGGGACUUAUUUGAAGGUCACAAAAAUCCUGCCUCUCUUUCCUGGGCAUGGUUUGGGACUGUUCGUGUUGACAGGAAAGUGAUCAAAUACGAGGAGCAGCAGCAUCUGCUGCUGUACCACACACACCCCAAACCCAAACCACGGAGCUACUACCUCGAGCCCUUGCCCCUUCCUCCAGAGGAGGAGGAGGAAGAGCCCACCUCACCUGUGUCUCAGGAACCAGAAGGAAAGCUGGGAGAGCUCUCAGAUCAGGGAAAACAUGCCACAGAUGACGAGAAGAAGGCAAAGGGCAGGAAGCGGAAGUCAAAGUCGAGCUCCAGGGCUGAGGAAUAUGCACAGGCCAGCUUAUACAGAGUGCCUCCCGCCUACUCCCCGCUGCCGUCCCCGCUGGCUCACGCAGCCCCCCCGGCACUGUGGGGGUACAGCCUGGGGGGGCCCCCUCCACAGCCCAGCUUCUUCCUGCAGAGCCAGCCCCUCGCCCCAGGUGGUUCCAGGCUGGACCCAGCAGGCUCCUUUGUGCCAAGCAACACGAAGCAAGCCCUGUCCAACCUGCUGCAGCGGCGCUCGGGCUUGGUGGUGCAGCCGCCCUCGAUCCACGGGAUCCUCCCUCAGCAGCAGCUGCUCCAGAUGAAGCUCCUGCAGCAAGAGCAGCAGCAGUUCCUGCGGCAGCAGGCACAGGCACGGGCUCUCCAGCAGGGGCAGCCAAUGGACCAAGCUGCUGUCUUCACUCCCCAGGCUCAGCCCCUGUCCCAGCUCCCGCAGUACCCAGGGUUACAGCAGGCACAGAGCCUGUCCCCCGGCUACCCCCUGUGCAGCGGCCCGCUGCCCAUGCAGCAGCAGCAGCAGCAGCAGCAGCCUGGCGUGGGGCUGGCCCCUGGCGUGGGGCUGACCCCCGGCCCUGCGCUGAUGGAGCGGCUGAGGCAGGGCCAGCACCCCGGGUACCUCCAGCAGCCCCCCCCGUCCUACGGCCCCGCGCCGGCCCCGCGACUGAGCCAUCAGCCUCUGCAGCCCAGUUCCCUGGCUGGAGGGGGCCUGGACGCUGCCUGGGCCGCGGGGCCGGGCUCGGGGCAGGUGCCGCCGGAGCCGAGCAGGCAGGGGCAGCAGCAGCCGCGGCACCAGCGGCUCUUGCAGGUGCAGCAGCAGCAGCAGCAGCCGUUCUCAGGGUGUUCCCUAUGUCCUUGCUGUCCAGGGCACCUGCCUGCCCUCACUGCCCUCCCCAGCUCCUGCCCACUGCGCCGGGGCAGCACAGCCGAGCACCUGUGUUUGGGCACGGAGGGAUUUGUUACCUGCCGUGGCUCAGGCACUGAGGGAUUUCUUUCACCUUUCCCACUCCCACUGCAGUUCCCAAGGCCAGGCUUGCAGCAGACCCAGCAGCAGCAGCAGACGGCGGCGCUGGUCAGGCAGCUCCAGAAGCAGCUCUCCAGUAACCAGCAAGGGGUGAGCCAGUAUGGGCACCCCCCCCACUUCUGACCACGGUGGGAGUGGAUGCAGGGGAUGUUUGCACUGAGGAACAGGACACUGGAAAUUCAAUGCACUAGUCAUUGCUGGACAGCAGAACAUGAGUUCUCUCCUUAUUUCCAUCAUUAUUUUUUGUGCUGCAGUUGAUGUGAAUAUGUAACAAGGUUGGGGGUUGGGUUGGGGUUAUUUUUGUGUUUAACUAGAUUUCAGUAUCUGGACUUUUGUGGACCUAUUUGAAGAAUGUUAUGGCAGAUUUUAUGAAUUUGGUUCUUUUUAGGUCCUGUUACUUUCAAAGAGGACAAAGAAUGCAGGAUUUAUUUAUUUGUGGAAAACACUUUUUUAUUUUAAUUUUUUUUUUUUUUUUAAGAACUGCACUGGACCAAACUACUAAACUAAAAGGCACUUCUGAUUCUAGCGUAAAAGUUAAUUUGUCCAUUAAAAUGUUCACCUCUUUCUUCGUUGGCAGAACAAGCAUUGCUUUAAAUCAUGUUUAUUUGACUGUGAUUUUCAUAUGCACUUUACAGAGUUUUUUGUUUAAAGUACCAAUUCUUCUUGCUCUUACUGUGGUAAGAAGGUGCUGAAGUGGGCUUAUUGCUUGUAUUAGAACUUCUUAAAGUUUACAUGAAAAGCCACAAUGUAAUGUUAAUAAACCUACUGGAAGUAGCA